UCAGCGGCGGGCGGUGUGGACUUAAAACGAAAAAAAAAACAAGUGAAGUUCGCACGCCGCUUCGCUCCAUAGUUUUGUGAAUCGCGCUCUCCUCCUCGUAUUUACUGGCGAAUGCGGUUUUUCUGCCAUUUUUCUAUCGUUUUUUCGCCGAACGUCGUCGGUGUGCUCUUGAUGUUCGUUUGUUUAUUUCUGUGUAUAUUGAUAUUUGAAGACUGACGUUUGUUGUUUUUUUCUGGAUGUUACGUGCCUACUUGGGGAUAAUAUUUGAAGAUUGUUAUGUGUGUUUGAGCUUUCAGAACAGUGUAGGAUUUGGAUGUGUUUGUGAUUUUAAGAACUAUACUGGACAUUUUCGAAGACUGUUUUAAUAUUGUGAUAGUAUGUCGCGGCAGCCUUGGUCGCCGCGCCCCUAACCCCUUUCUAUGACCGCCAUCUUCCCCACCGUCAGCGUUCUGGGCAGCAUGGACAUCAAACCCGAGAUGAUCUACAGAGACGAUGACGUGUUACUCGUUAAAUCCGAGCCCCAGCUCUACUCGCCCACAAACGGUACUAUAACCGUAGGCAGCCUCCUCUCCGGCUCCAGCAACGGGCUGGUGGGCACCUCGUCGGCCUUAUCUCAGUCCAACGGAAUCGUGGUGUCCAGUAAUGGCGCAGGCGCGUUCAGUGCUUUCGCGAACGCCGUCGUUCAACCGCCCAAAAAUCGGCAGACGCGCACCGAAGACUUUUUGAGUUCGCCGAGUCCGGGUACGAUGAGCGGCAACAACGCGCCGCCGUUGACGCCGUCCCCCGGACCGCCCUCGCAAGCCUAUACGGUCAUCAGUAAUGGAUAUUCCUCGCCGAUGUCUUCUGGAAGUUAUGACCCGUACAGUCCCAAUGGAAAAAUAGGUCGUGAAGAUCUCUCACCUCCGAGCAGUUUGAACGGUUACAGUGCUGACAGUUGUGAUGCGAAAAAGAAAAAAGGACCAACACCGCGGCAACAGGAAGAACUAUGUUUAGUGUGUGGCGACAGGGCAUCAGGGUAUCAUUAUAACGCUCUCACAUGCGAAGGAUGUAAAGGUUUCUUUAGAAGAAGCAUAACGAAGAACGCCGUCUACCAAUGCAAAUAUGGCAACAAUUGUGAGAUUGACAUGUACAUGAGGCGGAAAUGUCAAGAGUGUCGCUUGAAAAAAUGCUUGAGCGUGGGCAUGAGGCCGGAAUGUGUGGUACCAGAAGUACAAUGUGCUGUGAAACGAAAAGAAAAGAAAGCUCAAAAAGAAAAGGACAAACCGAACAGUACCACGAAUGGAUCGCCGGAAAUGAUAAAAAUGGAACCAGAGAUGCUGUUCUUGCAGCUAUCGGACUCGGAGAAAACCAGUACUCCACCAAACGGCAUCAAACCCAUAUCUCCUGAACAAGAGGAACUUAUACAUCGAUUAGUAUACUUCCAGAACGAAUACGAACACCCUUCAGAAGAAGACGUCAAACGAAUUGUGAAUACACCGAUGGAAGGAGAAGAUCAAUGUGAUAUACGGUUUAGACAUAUAACAGAAAUUACAAUAUUGACUGUACAACUCAUCGUAGAGUUCGCGAAAAGGUUACCAGGCUUCGACAAGCUUCUAAGGGAAGAUCAGAUAUCACUUCUAAAGGCGUGUUCAAGUGAAGUAAUGAUGUUCAGGAUGGCGAGGAGAUACGAUUACCAAACGGAUUCUAUUCUGUUCGUCAAUAACCAGCCAUAUUCUAGAGACAGUUAUAACCUCGCCGGUAUGGGCGAACAAAUCGAAGAUCUGCUGUAUUUCUGCAGGACCAUGUACUCUAUGCAAGUGGACAAUGCCGAGUACGCCCUGCUCACUGCCAUCGUCAUUUUUUCCGAGCGACCGGACCUAAUCGAGGGUUGGAAAGUGGAAAAGAUCCAAGAGAUUUACCUGGAAGCCUUGCGGGCGUACGUAGACAACCGAAGGAAGACGAAACCGGGCACGGUGUUCGCAAAAUUGUUGUCAGUGUUGACGGAGCUAAGGACUUUGGGCAACCAAAAUUCGAAGAUGUGUUUCAGCUUGAAGUUGAAGAACAAAAAGUUACCUCCGUUCCUGGCAGAAAUCUGGGACGUCGACUUGAAGACAUAGUCUACGCGACCGACGAUAAUAACCUUGAAAGGGUGGUGCCGGAGAGUUAUAACUGUUCGUUUGAUUUUUAAAAAGUUGUAUAUAGAAGAAAAUUGGACGGAAAUACGUGGCACCACCAAGCUGGCUGUGAAAAUAUAUAUUACUCCUUUUUUUUAUUUACUGAAAACUAACACGACGGCACCUAUAGAUGAUGAUAGAAGAGAAUAAAAAAAAACCGUUUAGGUCAUUAACGUGACGUAGCUCGACUUAUAUAUUAAUUAAAAAUCAAACUAUACGUAGAUUUUUUUAAGCCUCUAUGAAACUUUUAUAUAAGAAACUUUCUUGGCGAUAUGCUUACUUAAAUUGGUAAGACUGGAUAGGACUGAAAAAAAAAACACAUUCAAGGUGCCUUUCCGAUUUAACACGGAUCCAUAAAGUCUGAGGGCUGGUGCAAAAACGACGAGAGAAAACAAUGAAGCAGCAAAAGAAGAAAAAUUUGGGAAAUGGGUGGGUGGAUAAGAGAGAAAAAUGUCCGAUACGAGUGCAAUGUAGUUAAAAUUCUUGGAUUCUGAAGCACCGAAUGGGGGCGGAAUUACUUCGAAAAUAAGCUCUUAAAAAAAGAAAUGAUGAAAUUCAACAGCAGCCGUCCGUUAAAAAAAAAAGCAGAAAUAAAUUGAGAAAAGUGAAGUGAUUUCAGACAUACCGAUAUGUUGUUGAACUGUGUGCUAUUUUUCCGAUGAGUGCCAUUCUUCAGUAAAAGGAUGAGGCAUUGAGUAUAUAAAAAUAUAUAUAUUAAAAAAAAAAACAUAACCUCUUUUUAAUAGACUAUCCUGCCUUGAGAAUAAACUAUCGAUGUUUAAAACUGGAUGUGUAGUUCAUAGUCUACUCAUUUUUUAUACGAUAUAGUUUCCGCCAUUUAGAUUUUCUGCAGCUAGAUAAGAAAAUGGAAACCGACAAAAAACUAAAAAUAUUUAAAUUAAUAAUUAUAAAAUAACUUGACAAAAAGAAACUGAC